AUGGAGGUGACGAAAAUCUCAAAAUCUGCCCGGAAAUGUUCGUCGGAGCCUCGCCGGAAAUCGCCUCCGGCGACUCAAAAUCGGUCCAAAUCGCCUCAAAAUGAAGGGAUAGGCCGAAAAUGGGGAGGAAAGGUUGGGUGUGGCAUUGGUUUGGUGAAAAAUCGACUAAAAAUGACCGGAAAAUCCCCGAAGAGGCGAAAAGUCUCGGUUUUCCGGCGAGGGAUAGAGGAUUCCGGCGACGAGUGGGCGAUAUUCUGGCGACGCGGCCGUGUCGACCAAAUUUGUAGGCGCCAGGUCGGCCACACGGGCACGGCCACACGGCCGUGUGUAGCCGGGAAAACCACACGGCCUGGCCGAGGAAUUUCACAAGGCCGUGUGAAAGAGCAGUUCUGGCCGUGUGGAAAUUGCCGAGCCUUCACACGGCCAAAAGGCCAAUUCCACACGGCCGUGUGA